AUGGCGGAAGACGCGACGGCCCCCCGCAAGAGGACGUUCCGCACGUUCACUUACCGCGGCGUCGACUUGGAGAAGUUGGUUACGCUUCCUCUUGACAAGCUGGUAGAUCUGUUUCGAGCUCGCCAGCGCCGCAAGUUUAGUCGCGGCAUCAACCAGAAGGCGUUGCCGCUUAUGAACAAGUUGAGGAACGCUAAGAAGGACUUGCCGUAUGGCGAGAAGCCCCCACCAGUGAAUACGCACCUUCGCAAUGUCGUUGUGGUGCCGGAAAUGAUCGGUUCAGUGGUUGGUGUCUACAACGGAAAGCAAUUCAUCAAUGUGGAAAUUAAGCCGGAGAUGGUGGGGUACUACCUUGGCGAGUUCUCCAUCAGCUACAAGCCAGUUCGCCACGGCAAGCCCGGUAUUGGCGCCACACACUCUUCCCGUUUCAUCCCCCUCAAGUAA